AUGGCGUCAGCGCUGCUGGUGACACUGGUGGCUGCAGUGGCCGUGCUGGGCUGGGGGGUGGAGGCCCAGUGCCCUGCACCCGCCGACCUGCGCCCAGCCAACGGCACCCGGGUGUGUGCCCAGCUCUACGCCGACGACAGUCCCUACUAUGACCAGUGCUGCUCUGGCGACGUGCUGGUGGUGCUGCCGGACAGCGACGUGCCCUACAUGCCCCGCGGGUGGUCCGACCGUGCCUCCUCCCUUGUGGUGGGCACCAAGUGCGAGCUCACCGUGUGGUCGCGCCGGGCCAAGAAGGGUAACUCGCGGCGCUUCAAUGCCGGCGCGGUGCCGCGGCUGCAGGAAGUGCGCCGCGGCCUCUUCGGGAACUGGAACAACGCCAUCCGGGGCUACUACUGCAUCUGCAAGUGA